AUGAAGUUUACAUUGUUGUCUGCUUUGCUUAUUGCAUCAGCGUCUGCCGAUGCAGGCACUUGUACUCAGGACGCAUGCCUCAAGGCAGUGGGGCUGUCCAAUUGUCGAGCUCGAAGAUGGCCGCCUGCACACGAGAGUGAUUGUUCCUCAUUUCUCCGAUACACUUCGAUCCCUUCGGCGACGACCGUGACUGCGACUGGGGAGCAAUCGACCGUGGCACUGAAGGAUACUGAGACUCUGGGCCCGGAGACGGACGAGGCGACUGCGACACAGUCCGAUCAAACCGCCACAACCAGCGUUACCUCCGACCCCGUGACUGUUUUCGUUGCUGUCACUCCUACCAAGACUGUCACCGUCACUAUCACACCAGAUCCCUACCUCGAAACUGACAUUAACACCAAAACAGUUGUUCAGACUGAUGUUAACACUAUCACGGAGACAACCUAUUAUGGCCUGCCCUCCAAACGUGCUAUUGGUGCCCGAUCCACCAAGAACAUUCUCAGGCCAACCAAUAUCCCAUCCUAUGCUGGAUCAUGCACAGAUGCUGAACAGUACAGCAGCGCCUGUGCCUGUAUGGGUGUUCAAGAGACGACCAUCGAAGGAACUGCUUCUAUCAUCACCGAGACUGUUGAACCCCAUCCUGAGACGGUUGUGAACGUUCACACGGAAACCCAGCCUGCAGUCACCGUCACCACAACCCUACCAGCCAAGACUCGAACUGUGACUGUUACUCUCCCCGGACCACAAAUCACCGAGACGACCACCGCAGAUGCUACUACAGUUUUGACCUCUUUCACUGCCGACCAAGAUACCUCUGUAAUCACCCAGCAAGUCACCGAGGUCGACAAGACUACCUCCGUCACCACCAAGACCCGCUCCGUCGGACCAAUCUGCACCGCCUACACACCCCAAAGCGCGUGCCAGUGCAAAUUCGAGGUUCUCUGCGACCAGGCAGUUAACGUUGAUAGCUCAACCUUCUUAAGGCAGAUAGACUUCCUCGUCUAUGUUGGAAGCUUUGAGGAGUGCAUGCAGCGCUGCGAUAACAACCCGAGCUGUCAGUUUGGUGAUUAUGUGGCGCUUCCAAAUGGUGGUCUUUGCUCAAGCUAUAGUGGAAAUCCGGGGGAUUCUGGUACUGAAUCCGAAAGUGGAACCAAGUAUUUUGAGAAGGACGGAAAUGUUGAUUGCUCGUCUUGUUCAUCGUAG